UGAGAUUACAUGCCAUACCAUACCAACAUUUUUACUUUCACCAACACCACUCUCUGCAUCAUAUCCCUCUUCCAGAAUGGCCAAAACCAAAACCAAAACCUCUCAAAAAUACCCAAAAGAGAAAAAGCUAAAAACCCCAAAACCCCAAAACCACUGUGAGGGCAAAGAAGUGCAGAAACCACACUCAUGGGCAGUGGUGAGGAGUCUCUUCACCUGCAAGCACCUGCAGGCACAAAUAGAGCAGCAGCAGCAACAGAAGCAAGAAGAGCAGCAGGUACAAGCAGAGCAGCCAAAGGUACAAUCAGAGAAGCAGAGCGUACAAUCCAAAACCUCCAAAUUAGAGCCUCACCAUCAUCAUCAGGCCAUUGAAGAAUCCAGCAAGAAGUGCAAGAAGCUGAAAUGUUCUGGGUCCAUUUGCAGCAACACAAAGGUGAUGCACAGGCCUGAGCUCUCUUCUUCUUCUUCCCCAGAAGAACAUAAGAGGAAGUCUCCCUUUUCUUCAUGCAAGAAUUUGAAUGGGUCCACUAGAUCCAUGAAAGUCACUCUGAAUGACCUCAACAACAAUAAUAACUCCUCUUCUUCUUCUUCUCUGUCUGCCCCUACAAGCUCCCCCUCCAUUGUUGGAUCUUUCAGAGCUAUGCCCUUCAGAAAGCUGUCCGGUUGCUAUGAGUGCAGGAUGGUGGUUGACCCUGUUCUUGGCAUGACCAGAGACCCUUCUCUCAGAACCACCAUUUCUUCUUGCCCUGUCUGUGGUGAGAUCUUCAUGAAGCCUGAGAAUUUGGAGCUUCAUCAAUCUGUCAGGCAUGCUGUAUCAGAACUGGGUCCAGAGGACACAAGCAGAAACAUCGUGGAGAUCAUAUUCCAAUCAAGCUGGCUCAAGAAAGACACCCCAAUCUGCAAAAUAGACCGAAUCCUCAAAGUCCACAACACUCCCAGGACAAUUUCCAGGUUCGAGGAGUACAGAGAAGCCACAAAGGCGAAGGCCAACAAACAAUCCAAAAAGCACCCACGCUGCAUAGCCGACGGGAACGAGCUGCUGAGGUUCCAUUGCACCACAUUCGCGUGUUCUCUGGGCUUAAACGCCUCCUCAAACCUCUGCAACUCAAUCCCCAACUGCCACGUGUGCGGCAUCAUCAAGAACGGGUUCAAGGCCGCCGAGGAUGUCGGCGGCGGCGCAGGGAAAGGGAUCCUGACGACGGCGACGAGCGGGAGGGCGCACGAUAGCGCGAGGGUAGUUUCGGGGGAUGAUAAUAAGAGGGCGAUGUUGGUUUGCCGGGUUAUUGCGGGGCGGGUGAAGAAGAAUAUGGAAGGGGGGUUGGAGGAGUAUGACUCGGUGGCCGGAGCCGCCGGGGUUUAUUCAAAUUUGGAUGAGUUGUAUGUGUUUAAUCACAGGGCUAUAUUGCCCUGUUUCGUUGUAAUCUAUAGAGAGUUUUAGAGGGCUACCUAACCUACCUAGUAUUUGUUUUGUUUUGUUUUGUUUGUCGGAUGUUUAGAUGCAUGGCAACUGUAAGUUUCAUUUUAGUACUAGGAAUCUAGGAUUUUCCGUUUAAUUUGUUGCAUGAUGGAUGCUGGCAUGCAAGGUUAAAUGAGUGGAAAAUGUCAAAUAAAAUGUUCCAUAUUAUGCCA